AUGUUUUAUGGAAGUAAAAUUCUAAGCAACUUCACUGCUAUUACCAACACCAGCCUCUCGCGGAGCACCAUUAGGGACGGCUACUGGUGCAAACUGGCCUAUUGGGAGCACCGGACGCGUGUGGGCCGCCUCUAUGCCGUGCACGAGGCAUCGGUGAAUGUCUUCUGCGAGCUGCCGCGGGGCAGCGGGUUCUGCCUGGGCCAGCUGCCAGCGGCACACCGGAGCCAGGCCGUGCGCCGGGCGCGGGGCAAGAUCGGCCGCGGGCUGCUGCUGAGCCGGGAACUGGGCGGCGUGUGGGCCUACAACCGCAGCGAGCACCCCAUCUUUGUCAGCUCCCCCACGCUGGGGCCCCCUGGCGCCCGUGGGCUCGCCGUCCUCAAGGUGCUGCCCGGCUACUCGGUGAAGGUGUUUGACUACGAGCGGGCGGGGGGCUUGGCUGGCUGGCGGCACGCCGGGGACGGCCCCUGCGACACCCACAGCGUUCGUAUCAGCUUCGGCAAGGGCUGGGGGCCCUGCUACUCCCGGCAGUUCAUCACCUCCUGCCCGUGCUGGCUGGAGGUGCUGCUGAACCAGCCCCGCUGAGCAGCCGGGGGGUGAUGGGGGCAGUGGUGGCAGGUCCCCCCCAAGCUGGGUGCAAGGGGGACACGAGCUGUGGGGCUCCUCUGCCUCGCCCCAGCCUCUUUCUUCCCUGGCUGCGUGGCCACGGGGCUGUCCUGACCCAUGGGACCCCUGCUGGGACCCCCCACCCCAGCCCCACCGUGGGGCCGUGCCCCCAAGCCUGGCUCCUCACCCACCACCACAGGUCUCUCGCUGAUGCGGGGCACUAUUUAAUCUCUCUUUUUUUAUUUUAUUGGUUAAUUUUAUUUUAAUUUAUCUUAUUUUUGUAAGAAAAAAAAAAAAGUAAAAUGUAGGGGUUGUAGGGAUGUAGAGCGGGCACCCAGGGAAGGUGGCCGGGGCAGGGUGUGCAGGGGCCGGGCGGGUCUGGGGGAGGCUGGGGGGCAACGGGAGGGGCACGGGGGGCAGAGCCCCGGAGCAGCAGGCGGGGGGCUGCGGAUGCAGGGCCCCUGGGGCAUGGCAGGCGUGGGGGGAGUCGGGGGGAGCAGAGCUCGGGGAGUGUGGGGCAGGUGAGCACAGCUGGAAUUUGGGGAGGUGAGCACAGCUGGAGCAAGCAUGGGGCAGGUGAGCACAGACGGAAUUUGGGGAGUCUAGCAGAGCUGGAAUUUGGGCAGGUGAGCACAGCCGGAAUGUGGGGAGGCGAGCACAGAUGGAGGGAGUGCAGGGCAGGUGAGCACAGCUGGAGCGAGCAUGGGGCAGGUGAGCACAGCCGGGGCAGCUGCUGGCCGGGGUUAGCGCCCCUGGGGGGGGUGCGGCCCGGGUUACGAUGGCCGGGACGUGGGGACCGGCGGGGAGCUGAGCUCGGGCACAGCUCAGGACGAGCGCGGUGUCCGUGAAGGUCCCCGGACCCUUCCAGCCCCAGGGAGAGCGCAGCCGUUGCGGGAGCGGGUACCCCAGGUCCCGGUGCGCCCGGGCCGUGUCCGGUAUUUAUAACCAAUAAACGGUGCCACCGGCACCACGGAACC